AUGUCGGACAUCGCCGUCGUCGGAAGCUUUUCCACGCCUCCAAACGGGUCUGGCAGCCCGAGGACGCUGCUUACUGAGCAGGGGGAGGCUCGGGAUGCGCUGCUGCACAUUGCGAUGGCACAGGUGCUUCCGGACGAUUCAGGUCUGCAUGCCACCUCGCGCUCCGGCCUGUCGAAGCUCGAGAACUGGGCAGCCAGAGCGGCGCAAGAGGGCGCAGACGUAGUCGUGUUUCCCGAGUACUUUCUCAGUGGUGCAACCCACGAGCUAUGGUCUAGCGUUCGUGGCCAGCAGUCGGAGGCAGAACAGGGAGAACAGGCUUGGCUUGAUGUGAUCCUGCACGUCGCGCGCAAGUACGAUGUAGACGUCGUAGCGGGUACGGUUGUGGAGCUGGGCACCAAAGCCGAGCUACCGCACAGGAAGGAUGGUGACGAGCUGUAUAACACCUCGUAUUACGUUUCGCGCGGAGGCGAGGUGCAUCGAUACACAAAACAGAAUUUGUGGCAUCCGGAACGGGCUACACUGUCCAACUCGCACCCUGGAUCGCAUCCGGACCAACACGAACUCGCAACGUUUGUGAUCGAAACCAAACGUGGGACGAAAGUGCGUGCAGCGAUGGCGAUUUGUUGGGAUCUGGCAUGGUACGAUCGCUUCAACCAAAUGCUCACCCCACCCUUUUCCGCCGCUUCCGACCUCGAUCGAGAGGGCCAAGUCAAGGGUCCGGAUGUGAUCUUUGCCCCGACUUGCUGGUACGCUUCAGACGGCGGUUCCGCUGCACUGGCUUGGAAUCCAAACGCAGAAGCAAAGUUGCUCGACUCUCUAACCCAAGCCCGAGCUGUCGAGAUCGAAGCCCUAGUGGUCAUGUGCAACAUCGCAGGUCCCAUCUUCACCCCCGACCAAAUGCAAUCCCUCAUCCAACAGAUCAAGUCCAACCCGGACACAGAUCUGCCUCUGAUAGGACUGGGCAGAAGCACCAUCGCUGCACCCUUCUUGGGCAUCGCAGCACAAACACCCGAUGCAAACGAGGCACUCCUGCUCCAAUCCAUCGACCUCAACGUCCUCCUAGACGCACGCCAAGUCUACCGCAUGCGCUACGACCAUGCCCUGCGCUAG